AUGCAACUGUCUCUCCUCCUCUCCCUCCUGCCCUUAGUCGCGGCUGUCCCUACUGCAAAACGAUCCGAGCCCGCUCCUCUGCUGUUCCCCCGGGGCGCCAACGCGGGCAGCAUCGUCGCUGACGAGUACAUUGUCAAGUUCAAAAAGGGCAGCUCCCUCGAAACCGUCAAGGAGACCGCCGAGUCGCUGGCCAACGGGAAUGCCAAUGUCUUGAGCGAGAUUUUCAAGGGCUUCUCCAGCCACUUGAAUGCUGAGAGUCUCCAGCUCAUCCGCGACCACCCCGAUGUCGAGUACGUGGAGCAUAACGCGAUUGCAAAGGCUCUCGCUCCCGUCACGCAGAGCUCGGCCGAAUGGGGUCUUGCUCGCCUCUCCAGCAAACAGACUGGCGCCACUAAGUACGUUUACGAUGAAUCUGCAGGAGCCGGAACCUGCGCCUACAUUAUCGACACUGGUGUCGACGCUUCCCACUCUGACUUUGGCGGCCGCGCCAAGCAGAUCAAGUCCUUUAACGGCCAAAACAUGGACACUAAGAUCUGCGACGGACACGGCACCCACGUUGCCGGCACCAUCGGCAGUGACACGUAUGGCGUGGCCAAGAAGGCGUCCCUCUUCGGCAUCAAGAUCAUCGACUACAACAGCAGUACAGCUGAUUGCCGGUGCUCGACUAAGAACAUCCUCGAUGCCCUUGACUAUGCCGCGCAGGACUCUAAGAACCGCAGCUGCCCCAACGGCGUCGUCAUCAAUAUGAGCCUCGGCGGCGAGUACACCUCAACGGCGACCAACGAUGCCAUCGAGAAGCUCGUUAAGGGCGGCAUCUUCGUCGCCGUCUCCGCCGGCAACGGCAAGAAGGACUGCGAUAACUGCCCCGUCUACCCGAUCGACGCCUCCCGGAUGUCGCCCGCCGCCGCGCCGUACGCCUGCACCGUCGGCGCGACCGACUCUAAGGAUAAAAUUGCCUACUUUUCCAACUUUGGGCCUAAGGUCAACAUUCACGCACCCGGCGUCGACGUCCGCAGCCUGGCCAUAGGCGGCGGCACCACGGUUAUGAGCGGCACCUCGAUGGCGUCGCCGCAUAUUGCCGGUCUCGCGGCCUACUUCAUGGGACAGGGCAAGAAGGCUGGGGAGUUGUGCGAGUACCUGCAGAGCAUUGCGAUCCAGGGCGCCAUCACCGGUCUCCACGAGACCUCCAAGAACCAGCUUGCUCAGAACGACCAGUCCAAGUAA